UAAGUGCGCAUGCGCAAGUCUUCUCACACAGACAGGCAACAUGGCGGACGUGCUAGAUCUUCACGAAGCGGGCGGCGAGGACUUUCCUAUGGACGAAGAUGGCGACGAAAGCAUUCACAAACUAAAAGAAAAAGCCAAGAAGAGGAAAGGACGUGGAUUUGGAUCUGAUGAAGGUGCGAGGUCCAGGGUGAGAGAAGAUUACGAUACAGUGGAGCAGGAUGGUGAUGAGCCUGGACCACAAAGAUCUGUCGAGGGCUGGAUCCUGUUUGUGACCGGAGUUCACGAAGAGGCGACGGAAGAAGACAUCCAUGACAAAUUCGCAGACUUUGGCGAGAUCAAGAAUCUGCACCUCAAUUUGGAUAGAAGGACGGGUUACCUCAAGGGCUACGCCUUGGUGGAAUAUGAAACGUAUAAAGAAGCGCAGGCUGCCAUGGAGGGACUGAACGGCCAGGAGCUCAUGGGUCAGGCCAUCAGCGUGGACUGGGGCUUUGUUCGAGGCCCUCCUAAGAGCAAGAGGAGGGGAGGAAGACGACGGAGCAGAAGUCCAGACAGAAGACGGCGCUGAAUUGAAAUAAAACCCCCUCAUUCCUUCGUGGCUGUGUGUAAAGGCUGUGCAGCUGAGUGACAUUCGGUUCUGGGUUGUUUUUAGAUUUUUCUGCUUUGCUGUAUUUCACCAGUUGCCCAGCUGCUGCUGCUGCCUCUGGAGUUUUCUCUCGACGCUCUUAGUACAAAAGAAAAAAAUCUACUGUGGUGUUUUCGGGCCACUGGAAACAAAUACAAGAUUUCAAAGAUGAAAAAUUACAGUAAAAUCAUAUAAUUGUGAGGAAAAACGUUGUAAUAUUUUAAUGAUAUUCAAGUCAUAACACUGUGCACCAGUCUGUCGUCGCGUUAUGACUUUUUUUUUUUUCUCAAAUAAAAAAUUUUUUUUCUUUUACAGUGACCUUAAAACACCGUGGUAAAAUCUGAUAAGUCGGUUCUGAUCUUUUUAAACGACUUUUAAAGAGAGAACUAAGACAUGUAACAUGCAGAAGAUCACAGCAGUGUUUGUAAUAUUAAAAUUCUUUCUGUAUAGUGUCACUUCUUUGGUUUUACGUGAACGUUUUGUACAAAAAUUGAAGAAACCGGUCCUUUAAAGCUAAUUUGGGUUACACUGUGAUGUAUGACAUUUUGUACUUGAAUUAAUUUUAAAGCUAGCGGUUUGUUCACUUCCAGUAAAGUUUUUUUGGGUUUGUGAA